GCGUUCAUGCCUUGGACCACUUGCCUAUUCCUCGGUGUACGAGCGUGCAUCGGGAUUCGAAGGGCAGAUGGACAGUGAGCUGGAAGCAUAAGAAACCAUUCCCAGAGACGGCACCCGGGGGGGGCUACAAGGAUCAGUUCGAAUCGGAGGCCAUAGCUCCUCCGUCUGCACGAGAGCGUGCAAUUCUCAUGGGGUUUCCUCCCGAUAUGGUUUGUACACGUGCUUGUGACCAGACCGAGUCACGACGCAAACUGGAGGACAAACGAUGCAGCCUUCUUGAAAAUGCCUCCCAUGUUCCGUCAGUCAUGGUUGUCAUGUCAUUGGCCCACGCCCUGUUGCCGCCGCCGGAGCCGAUUCCUCGGCCAAUCUACGCCGCUUUUGAGGCCAGACUCCGAGGGGCAGCCCAGGGUACAGUGUGGCAGCCAGGUCUCCUAGAUUCCUGGCCAGGUGUGCUGUCUUCGGCGGCAUUGCUCGCUCAUGUCAGGCAAUCCUUUUCUGAACUCAAUGUUGCGUUGCCAGACCUGCAUACCUCAAAUGACAUGGACCUUGCGCUCCGACGGUUGCAGGUCUACUGGGUUGACUCUCAGAUCAGAGGCCGCCAGGCUUUUGACCAAGGGCCAUGCUGGGCCCAGCAGAAAGCACGGGCCGCAAGUGCCGUGUCAUUAGGUGUGCAGAAGGGGGGUCCUACCUCCAAACAUGCGCCCGAGCCUUUACUGCCCACCGGGUUGAGUAAGGAGACGCAUGUCCAACUGAGCAGCUGUUUGCCGUUCCCGUUUGAAUCAGAAGUAGUCCUUGACGACGACAUGAGCUUCGCAGUUAAAGGUAUGUACGUUCUUGGCCCAUGCAUACGGGCAUGGAGACGCCAGCAGCGGAGGGCACUAGAGACAUUAGCCAAGUGGUUGCAACCGUGGGAUGUCGAGCUCCGCAAACACAUGUGCCCUGCCGUGGCUGCGGUAGCUGCCAACAAGAGCCCGGCCCUUAUUGCAGCUCUCACGGCUCUUCUGAGAUGGCCUGAUGUUGCCCUCGCAUCGAGAUUCGUCACAGGUUUCGCAUUGCUUGGUGACGUGGAAGUGCCGCACAUCUUUAGGCCCAUUCACCAAACAGGAGCUUGCUGUGGAAAGGUCAGACCCAUUGAUAAUGGCAAGGUGCUGCCCGCAAAUUCGCCAAGCUCAUGGAGAGUGAAGGUCCCCAACUGUCCGGAUGAAGUCAGGAAGGAGUGGCCCUGGUGCACAGCUUGUGCGGAUUCCGCCAAUGCAUUGCUGGAGCUUGGAGUUUGUUCACCAGCGCAGGCCUUGGUGGAGUGCUCUUUAUGCCCUGGCGGUUUUACAGAUGACACUGCUUUUCCAGCAGGAUUCCUGGACGCAGGCGCAGCAGUGGGGUUUGCAGCAGGCUGUUUCGUUGGAGCUCGUCUUGACUGCUUUGUUUCAUUGGAGGUCUGA